AUGGAAAAUUUUGUGUACAGUAGAGAAAAAAAGCAUAUCCUAAAGGGCGUAAAUGGAUGUUUCACGCCUGGAGAACUGACGGCCAUCAUGGGUCCUUCAGGCGCUGGAAAAAGUACUCUUCUUAAUAUAUUAGCUGGCUAUUCAACUCAAGGCGCACACGGCGAGAUCAUAGUGAACGGAACAAGCUCGUGCGCAUCGAAGUCAGCAGGCAGAGGCGGCGCGCGAUACAUUCGCCAACAAGAUGACCUCCGGAUACAUCUAACUGUUUACGAAUCCAUGUCUCUUGCAGCGGCUCUUAAACUGGCCGACUUCUCAUCACACGAACGGAAAGAGAAAGUGUACGAGGUCCUUUCGUUGCUAGGCCUAAGUGCGUCGACACAGACAGUAUGUCGCGAUCUCUCCGGAGGUCAGAAGCGGAGACUUGCCGUAGCUUUAGAACUGUUGUCAGAUCCAUCAUUACUAUUCCUCGACGAACCUACUACGGGAUUAGACUCUUCAGCGUCAGCUUCGUUGAUCGCAUUGCUAAGUGGCUUAGCGCGUGGUGGGAGAACCGUGGUAGCAACCAUCCACCAGCCGUCAGCGCUGAUCUUUGAGAAAAUUGACACAGUCUACUGCCUCUCUGCUGGGAAGACGCUUUAUUCGGGAUCAAGGUCAAAUCUGAUACCGGCGCUUGAUUCUGCUGAUCUACGAUGCCCACCUUACCACAAUCCCGCUGAUUUUCUAAUGGAACUGGCGUCUAGUGAAUAUGACGUUGACCUGGAGAAAGCUGCCAAGACAAUGGAGAGAUUUAAGCCGGAACUUCCAGCCACGCAAAGUGUCGAAGAAAACAUACCUGUGAUAUCUACCCUACAUACUCCUCCUAUAACUUUAGAUACUAAGAAAACUAAAGAAAAAUGUCUGAAGAGCAACGCCAAAUAUCAGCAAAACUGUUCCAAAAACAUGUACAGGCCAUCAGGUCCAUUUAGACAAACAUGGAUCUUAUUAUAUAGGAAUUAUUUAAUCACUACGAGGAAUUAUUCUCUGUUUAUGUACCGGGUGGCAGCCCACGUGGUAAUAGCGCUAAUAUUUGGAUACCUCUACCUUGGAGUUGGAAGCGAAGCAAGCAGUGUCUUAGGAAAUUAUGUAUAUUUGUAUGGGUCGAUGUUGCUCGUCGUCUACACUGGGAAAAUGUCCGUGACACUUUCAUUUCCCCUUGAGAUGGCGAUACUAAAAGGAGAAUACUUCAAUCGAUGGUACAGCUUAGGUCCAUAUAUAUUUUCAAUACUUGCUGUGGAGUUACCAUUUCAGAUGAUAUCCUGCGUGUCCUACGUAGUACUAUCGUAUUGGCUGACUGACAAUCCCUUAGAGCCAAAUCGAGCUACUCUCUUCCUGGCUACUAUAGUCGCGACGUCGCUUUGUGCCCAGGCCUGGGGUUAUUUCAUUGGAUCGACGACACCAACCAAGAUUGCUGUUUUCAUCGGUCCAGUGCUUGCGUGUCUCUUCUCAGUGUUUGGAUUCUGUUUGGCCUUAAGAGAUACACCAUAUGCUUUCCGAUGGCUGCAUCAUAUAUCUUACUUUAGAGCUGGAUUUCACUUAGCAGUUCAUUCCGUAUACGGCUUCAAUAGGACAAAAAUGCACUGUUCUAAAAUUUACUGCCACUACAUAACCCCGAGUACCUUCCUCAAAGAAAUGGACAUGGCUGAUAUAGAUGUAGGUAGUAAUAUCGCUUUAGUACUUUCCACCACAGUGUUGAUGCACAUACUCACUUGUACUGCACUUUGGUACAGAUUAAACAAAAGAUGA